AUGUAUAGUAUGGGUGCAAAUAUCAAUUUCUACAUGAUCCAUGGAGGAACUAACUUCGGAUUUUGGAAUGGUGCUGAAACAACCGCUCCCGUAUGUGUGUAUUACCUCAUACGACUAUUUCGCCCCGAAUUUCGGAAGCUGGUGAUAUUACACCCAAGUAUUUGGCGAUACGUUCGUGGAUCAAAGAGUAUACCUGACUGGAAGACGCCACCUCUGGACGUACCGUCGAAUAACCCGAAGAAGGCUUACGGAACAGUGAAAAUGGAGCCUGUAGAUGAUCUUUCUGGAGCACCUCACGAGCAAAACUGCAUCACUAGCGAUUCACCGAUGUCUUUCGAGAAGAUCGGUCAACCGUUCGGAUUUGUUCUUUACACUACGAAAAUGGAUUCUUGCGGCUAUUCACUUAAUAUAACACUGCUUAAGGACUUCGGAUACGUGUAUUUGAACAAGAACCAUCUUGGAACAUUCGUCAAUUCAUUCAAUGGUCAGUCAAAACGAUCUGUGGACCUGAAAGGGUGCACCCCCGGUGACACUCUUCAAAUACUCGUUGAAAAUCAAGGGCGCCAAACUUAUGAGACCAUUAACGAUUACAAG